CAUAAUCAUAUCAACGCUUUUUGUUAUCAUUCCAAUACAAUAACGCCUAAGUCGAUCUUUUGUGUGAUUUUGACUUUGACUUUUAACCCGUAUUUGUUAUAAUUGAAGGAAAUAAAAACAUCAAGAUGUCUGAUAACAACAAAUAUAAAUAUGAAGAGAUGUCCAACAAAGUCCUAAGGCAGGACAAAAAGCUAUUGUCAAAUAGAGCUGAUCCUCUAAAGGAUGCUGCAUUAUCGGCUCCAACUUCAUUAGCUGGUAAAGUUUCCCUCAAAGAUAUGGGUUCAAGAUCUGCCACCACUAAAGAUGCUGAUGGAGAUGAAGAAAAACGAGUGGCUAAAAAGGUAUCUGAUCAACUUAGAAGUGAGGAACUUGAAAAAAGAAGAAACAUUAAAUCAAAUCGCUUGAACAACUCUACUUUGCUAGACUCUGGGAGUAUAGAGAGCUUGAACUAUUACCCAAAAUCACAAGAAACAAAUGAAGUUUAUGAGAAACUUGUAUCAUGGACUUCCAACCAAUUUGGAAAUGAUAUUCAACACAAUAUAGUUAUUAGCGCUACAGACUCAAUAUUAGAGGUUUUGAAAGAUGAGAAAUUGACUGAUAGACAGAAGAAGAAACAAAUUGAACAAGACUUGGACCUUAAGAUAACAGAAGAUUCAUUUUCCGAAGCUAUCAAAUUAUCAAAUGAUAUAACAGAUUAUGAUGCUCAAGAUGACAAUGAAGGUGAUGACAAUGAAGCUGGUGUUGCAGUUGACUUUGAAGAAGAAGAGGAACAGCAAGAGCAACAAGAAAGUGAAGAAGAGAGUGACGAUGAUUUUGCUGGGCCCGCCUUGGACGAUUUUGUUCAAGAAGAAGAGAAGGAAGGCGAGGAAGUUAUCAAAUUUGAUCAAAAAUCCUCAGCAAAGGCCGAAAUAAUAUACAUGAAGGAUGUUGAUGCUUUCUAUUUGCAAAGAAUAAUAUCUUCAGCUUUUCCAAAUCUUGAUGCAAUGGGUGUUCAGUCCUUAACUUCAACGAUCUAUUCUUUGAUAGAGGAGCAGUCUUCAGAUAAAGUGUUUGAGCAGAAAUUACUGGAGAAUAUAGAUUCCGAAAAGAUUGAUUUCGUGAGGUUAUUGAUAACAAACAGACAAACAAUUCUUUGGGGUACAAGAUUAUCAAAAGCUGAUAACUCUGAUGAGCGUCAAGCUAUAUUGAAAGAGCUAGAAUCUAAUGACUUGAAACAUUUACUCGAUGAAUAUGAAGAAUCUGAUGGCACAGAGAAUGAUCGUGUCACUAAAAGAAGAAAGGUUGUAUCAACUGGUGACGAACAGAUUUCAGCUAUUAGAAAACCAAAAAUUGUUAACCUUGAUGAUCUAACUUUUGACCAAGGUUCUCACUUGAUGACAACUACCAAAGUCAACCUACCGAAAGACUCUUUCAAAAGAACCAAAAAGGCUUAUGAAGAAAUACACAUCCCAGCCCCAGCAAAACCUUUGGAUGAUUCAGAAUUAGUUUCAAUAUCAACCCUUCCACCAUGGGCCAGACAAGCUUUCCCAAGCGCAGAAACUUCCACUUUGAAUAGGAUCCAAUCCAAAGUGUUUCCAACAGCAUUCAAUGAUGAUUCCAACAUAUUACUUUGUGCUCCAACAGGUGCUGGUAAAACAAAUGUUGCAAUGCUCACCAUCCUAAGAACACUGAGCCAUUUCAGAAGAGAUGAUGGUUCGUUUGACUUGAGCAACUUCAAAAUUGUAUAUAUUGCCCCAUUGAAGGCAUUAGUUCAAGAACAAGUGCGUGAAUUUUCGAGAAGAUUAGAAGUCUUUGGUAUUACUGUUGAAGAAUUGACUGGUGAUUCCAACUUGACAAAGCAACAGAUUUCUGAAACACAAAUUUUAGUUACAACUCCAGAAAAAUGGGAUGUUAUUACUAGAAAAAAUUCAGAUACCAGUUACACAAACCUUGUUUCCUUAUUGAUCAUUGAUGAGAUUCACUUAUUACAUGACGAGAGAGGUCCAGUUUUAGAAAGUAUCACAGCUAGAACACUGAGAAAUGUUGAAUAUUCAGGAAGAGAUGUUAGAUUAGUUGGUUUAUCAGCGACGUUGCCUAAUUACAAGGACGUUGCUAAGUUCUUAAGAGUUGACGAGUCCAAAGGUUUGUUUUUCUUUGAUGCCUCGUAUAGACCUUGUCCCUUAGCUCAACAAUUUAUUGGUAUAACUGAAAAGAAUUCAUUGAAAAAAACUAUUGCAAUGAAUGAGGCUUGUUAUGAUAAGAUAUUGGAAGCCGCAGGUAAGCACCAAGUUAUCAUUUUUGUUCAUUCAAGAAAAGACACUUUUAGAACAGCCAAAUGGCUUAGAGACAAGUUAUUAGAAGAGGAUAAAUUGAACUUAUUUUUAAGAUCGGAUUCUGCAAGCAUAGAAAUUUUGAGACAAGAAUCUGAAAAAGUUAAAGAUACCGGUUUAGCUGAUUUGUUACCAACUGGAUUUGCGAUCCAUCAUGCUGGUUUAUCUAGAGAGGACAGAUCCGCUUCUGAAGACUUAUUUGCUGAAGGUUAUGCACAGAUCUUGGUUUCAACGGCUACAUUAGCAUGGGGUGUGAAUUUGCCUGCUCACACAGUUAUUAUAAAAGGAACAGAAGUAUACGCCCCAGAUAAAGGUGAUUGGACUCAACUAUCUCCUCAAGAUAUCUUACAAAUGUUGGGUAGAGCUGGUAGACCUAGAUAUGAUGAAAGUGGUGAAGGUAUAAUUAUCACAUCUCAAUCAGAAAUCCAGUAUUACUUGGCUGUUUUAAAUCAACAGCUACCUAUUGAAUCUCAAUUGAUGGGAAAACUUGCUGAUAAUUUGAAUGCGGAAAUUACCCUGGGGACCGUGAAAUCUUUACAAGAAGGUGUUGAAUGGUUGGGUUACACUUACCUCUAUGUCAGAAUGCUUAAAUCGCCAGAUAUCUAUAGAGUUGGACCAGAGUAUAAAGACGAUGUUGCCCUAGAAUGGAAGAGAGCUGAUUUAAUACAUUCAGCAUUAACAGUUUUACACCAAAACAACUUGGUCAUUUAUGACUCAGUGAGAGGCACAGUCCAAUCAACAGAACUGGGUAGAAUUUCAUCUCAUUAUUAUAUCAGUUAUGAAUCAAUGUCUUUUUACAAUAAGCAGCUCAAAUCACAUUCUUCUGUGAUUGAUAUAUUUAGAAUAUUUGCAUCAUCAUCUGAAUUUAAGCUAAUUCCUGUUAGACAAGAAGAGAAAGCAGAGAUCAGUAAACUAAUUGAACGUGCUCCCAUUCCAAUCAAGGAAGAUGUCAAUGAUCCAAGAGCUAAAGCAAACGUAUUGUUACAGUCUUAUAUUUCAAGAUUGUCCCUAGAUGGGUUUGCGUUAAAUGCUGAUAUGAUUUAUAUCACUCAAUCUGCAGGAAGGUUGCUAAGAGCUAUUUAUGAAAUUGUCCUGAAAAAAUCUUGGGCUGGCUUAUCCAAAUACUUACUGGAUUUAUGUAAAAUGGUUGAGCAAAGAAUAUGGUUGUCAAACUCUCCUUUCAGACAGUUUCCUGAUUGUCCUCCAAAAGUUAUCAAGAACACUGAAAGCUCAAAUUUACCAUGGUCAGAAUACUUCAAUUUAAGUGAUCCAAGUGAAAUGGCUCAAGCUAUUCGUGAUGAUGCUUCAGCUAGAAAGGCAUUUGAGUUGAUUAACAAAUUUCCAAAGCUCACAAUGAGAUGUUCAGUUCAAACAUUGACACCAACUUUAUUGAGAUUUGAGUUGGAUGUUUUACCAGAAUGGAAUUGGGACCCAAGGUAUCAUAACAAUGCAGAAUCAUUUGUACUAUUUGUGGAAGAUACAAAUGGUGAAAAGAUUUUGUAUUAUGAUUCAUUUUUGGUUCGCAGAAACUACAUUAACCAAGAACAUUUGAUUGAUUUUACUGUUCCAAUUGAUACACCGGUCCCUCCAAACUAUUUUGUCACCUUGAUUUCCGAGAAGUGGUUGCACUGUGAAUACAGAAUUCCCGUUGUUUUCAAUUCUUUGAAGCUUCCAAAAAAAUUUCCAGCCCCUACCCCGUUAUUAGAUCUUCAUCCUGUUCCUAUUGAUGACUUGAAAGUCCCAGAUUUCAUCAGUUCCUUUGAUUUUGACUUUUUUAACAAGUUUCAAUCACAAGUCUUUAACACUUUGUACCAUACAGAUGAAAAUGUAUUUGUUGGGAUUGUUAAGGGAUCUGGUAAAACCGUUAUUGCUGAGCUUGCUUUGUUGAAUCAUUGGAAACAAAACAAGGGUCGUGCUGUUUAUAUUUGUCCUUCUCAAGAGAAAAUUGAUAUUUUGGUGAAACAAUGGUCUUCAAGAUUUGGUGAUAUUGCUGAGGGUAAAGUAAUCAAUAAGUUUUCAAAUGAAUUGUCAAGUAAUUUGAAGGUGCUAGCCGAUAGUCAUGUCAUUCUAUCAACUCCUCAACAAUUUGAUCUAGUUUCUCGCCGUUGGAAGCAAAGAAAAAACGUUCAAUCUAUUGAACUUUUCAUUGCUGAUGACGUCCAAAUUGUUGGUAAUGGUGCAGAAGGCUCUGUUUAUGAAAAUAUCAUUUCAAGAAUGAGGUUUAUGUCAAGUCAACUAGAAAACAAGCUAAGAAUUGUGGCUUUGAGUACAUCUUUAGCUAAUGGCCGUGACUUUGGGGAAUGGAUUGGUGCUGAUAAGAAUAACAUUUUCAAUUUUUCAUCAAAAGAACGAAUUCGUCCAUUGGAAAUUCAUCUUCAAUCAUAUAAUAUCAAUCACAAUCCUUCUUUAAUUCUUGCAAUGAUAAAACCAACUUAUUUGGCUGCUAAAGGAUAUGAAGCUGGAUCAUCUUUGGUGUUUGUCCCCUCAAGAAAACAAUGUAUUGAAAUAGGGUUGGAAUUUUUAAGAUUGGCCAAUGCUGAUGAGACAUCCUUUUUGAAUGCUAACAUCGAGGACAUCGAACCUUUGUUGAACAAAGUGUCUGACCAAUCAUUGAAAGAUUCCUUGAGUAGUGGUAUCGGCUUCUACUACAAGAAUAUGGGAGCUACUGAUAAAAAAGUCGUUGAAAAAUUGUUUAAUAAAGGUGCACUUUCAGUGUUAUUUGCUACAAAGGAUACUGCCUUCUAUGCCCCAACUGCUAAUUUGGUCAUUGUUUUGAGUACACAGUUUUAUGAAGGAAAAGAACAUCGUUAUAUUGAUUACCCAAUCAAUGAAUUACUAGAAAUGAUAGGCUGUUCUCAAGGUGAAAACGGUGAAAGUGAUAAGGUCAUGAUUUUGACGAACAAUUCCAAGAGGGAUUAUUACAGAAAAUUCCUAAAUGAAUCAUUACCAGUUGAAAGCUUUUUGAAUGUGUUCUUACAUGACGCGUUUUUGAAUGAAAUUAGUACUGGACUGAUUAAAUCUAGACAAGACUGUAUUGAUUGGUUGACUUUUUCAUAUUUCUACAGAAGAUUGCAAGCCAACCCAAGCUUUUACGGUGUUAAAGAUAUCUCUCAUGUUGGUCUAUCUUCAUACUUGACUGAGUUGGUUGAAAGUACAUUGAAUGAAUUAUCUGAAGCCAAAUUGAUCGAAUUGGAAGAAAAUGACGAGGACGAAGAGGAAGAAGAAGAAGAAGAGGAAGAAGAAAUUAGCCCAUUAGAUGGUGCCCUAGUUGCCUCAUACCACAAUGUUUCAUUCAUCACCAUGCAAACGUUCAUUUUAUCGCUCACUAGAAAGUCAAAAUUAAAGUCUAUAUUGGAGAUUAUAACUUCUGCCUCAGAAUUUGACUCAUUACCAAUUCGUCAACAUGAGACAUCCAUUUUGAACAAAAUCUAUAACAGAGUUCCUAUAAAAUCAUCUAGUGAUGCCAAUUUUGAAUCACCAUAUCUUAAAGCUUUCAUUUUAUUACAAGCUCAUUUCUCAAGAUUAAAUCUCCCUCCAGAUUUAGCUUCAGAUCAAAGAUUUAUAUUGGAAAAGGUUUUGACUUUGUUAUACACAGCAGUUGAUUUGUUAUCUAGUGAAGGUUAUUUGAAUGCUAUGUACGCUAUGGAUUUGAGUCAAAUGGUUGUUCAAGCUGUUUGGGAUACCGAUAGCCCAUUGAAGCAAAUUCCAUUUGUUGAUGAUGCUACAAUUGAAAGGGCUUCUAAAUACAAAGUUGAAAGUGUUUUUGAUAUCAUGUCUAUUGAAGAUGAUGAAAGAGAUGAUAUCUUAAGAUUGAGUGACCGCCCAUUGAAUCAAGUUGCUGAGUUUGUUAACAAAUAUCCAAACAUUGAAAUCUCGUAUUCCUUGGAUCUUUCAGAACCAAUUGUUUCAAAUGAUCCAAAAAGGCUUGUUGUUAACGUUACCAGAGAUGAAGAACCUGAAGACCUUGAAGUUGUUGCUCCAUUUUAUCCAUUCAGCAAGGCUGAAAAUUGGUGGGUUGUUUUGGGUGAUUCACAAACCAGACAACUAUACGCUAUUCAGAAGCUGGCACUUUCCAAAGAGGAGCAACAAGUUAAGUUGGAUUUCACCAUUCCAAGAGCCGGUCAUCAUAAUUUAUCAAUUUGGUGUAUGUGUGAUUCAUAUGUGGAUGCAGAUAAAGAAAUUUCAUUCGAAGUUGACGUUGAGCAAGGUGAAGAGGACAGCGAAGAAGAGGUUGACGAGUAG